UGGUUUAAGUUCAUUUGAAUUCACUUGCCACUUCAGAUUGGUAUUGAUGUGGAAAAGAAGAAUCGAAGACUGAAGCAUAAUGUCAUGUCCUUUGCUCAACGAUAUUUUUCAAAACAUGAAGUUCAAGUGUUGUCCGCUAUUUCAGACCCCCAACUUCAGCAGCAGGAGUUUAUAAAAUUGUGGACUCUCAAGGAAGCAUAUGUCAAAGCAUUGGGACGAGGCUUUUCAGAUGCACCAUUCAAGACUUUCACAAUUCGAAUUAGGUCUGCUAAUAAAGGAAGCUUUGCAGGAAAUUCCAAUUUUGAGGAAGGAUGAAUUUUGAGGGGAGGCUGGUGAAAAGCUGAAGAUGCUCAACUAGAUGUAGAUUCCCUGAUUUUUAUCUUUUAUCAUACACAUCUGCAACUUAAU